GGCAGGAGAAUGACUGAUGGGAGUUGAGAGCAGCAUCACAUUAGAGCCGGCAGCAAAUGAAUAGAGAGGGGGUUCGGCUGCAAACUGGUGGCUGCUGCCGGGAGUCACAGUCACAGUGUGGACAGGCAUGUGUCGCUGUGGGCUGGGGGGUCACCCCAAGUGAAGGGGUCCGUGUGUCCAGCUGGUAGUGAGGAGCCCUGGCCGGCAGCAGCGAGAGGACCAUGUUGGGGCUGGAUGUGUGUGAGUUUGGCAACCAGGUCCUGGAGCUGAUGUGGCUGGCGAUGUGUUACAGAGAUUUCAUGGCUGACAGAGACUCGGAAGUUUAUCCCGUGGACGAGGGUUCUGUGGCGGGGAUAAACUACAAGGCGCCGGCACAGAUGACCAUGAGGGAGAUCCAGGCAUUAGACUGCAAGGACAAGAGUCUGACCAAGUACAAACAGACUCUGCUUGGCUGCUCCCCCAUGGAUCUAGAUGCCAGCGUACCCAAUGUCCAGGUGACCAGGCUGGCGUUGGUCUGCCCCACCGCGCCUGAGCCCAUCGUCAUGGAUUUAACAGGUGACCUGGCAGCGCUGAAGAAGAAAACCUUUGUGCUGAAGGAAGGCGUUGAAUACAGAUUGAGAAUUAACUUCAAGGUGAACAAGGAGAUUGUUUCGGGAUUAAAGUACGUCCACUAUACUUGCAAGGGCCGUUUACAGGCUAGCAAGGACACGUACAUGGUGGGGAGCUAUGGGCCCAGAGAGGAGGAGUACGAGUUCCUCAGCCCGGUGGAGGAGGCACCAACAGGGCUGAUGGUGAGGGGCAUGUACACCAUGAAGUCACACUUCACAGACGAUGACAAAAGUGACCACCUGCACUGGGAGUGGAAGCUGAGCAUAAAGAAGGACUGGCUGGACUAGGAUCUGACUCCUGAACGUGGUCUGAGGGAUUACUGGCCUGGUACCAAAGUUACCUUACGGCUUUUUAUCACCAUUACUGUCUGUGUGUGUGUGUGUCACUCAUUGUUCCAAUGUAACUUUGUCUGCAGACCCAUUUGCUUCUCGUACAAGUGCUUCAGGUGUGUGCAGGUGUGAUCAGGCGUGUCCAGGUGUGACCAGGU